UUUGAUAGAGAGAUUCUCCCUGAAAUAUGAAAAUGACAGAAACGGUUGACCCUCUAAUUGCAGAUAUACAUAAAUGGCGAUGCUGAGAAUAUACAAACCAACACUAAAUUAAACAUGUAUAGAAGAACAAGCUUUCCUUGAUCCUCUUCACCACAAUUAAUAUUCCCACCGGCGACCGGCUGGCCUCUCAUUCUUUAUUCGAGGAAGAUCAUGAUCAACAGCAGCAGCACCGUGCGAUAUGGUACUGAUUCCGGCGAUGCUAUCAGUGGGUUUACCUAUGGAAUAAUCUUCUUUGUUGGGGCGUUUCUUCUCAUCCUGCUCAUCACCUUUGCUUGCACUCGCAUGAAACUCCCCGACAACCCACCGCCACCUCACCGGAGCAGUGCUUCCGCCACCGACCAUGAUCAGGCCGAUCCCAUAAACAUCGGAUCAGGCGUCCAUGAAUCCACUCUCGGCAGCUACCCAAAGCUCCUCUACUCUGAAACUACCCAGAAGGGUACCUCUGCAGAUUCGUCCUGCGCCAUCUGCUUGGUGGAGUACAAAGAAAAGGACAUGCUCCGGCUCUUACCUGAUUGUGAGCAUCUCUUCCAUCCGAGCUGCAUCGACCCCUGGAUGAGGCUGCAUCCGACAUGUCCGAUAUGUCGGAGGAACACCACAGUUCCAGUUCCAGUUGCAGGUCCACAUACGAGUAUUGAUCUUAUCCCUGUGGUGGACCCCUUGGCAACGAGCUAGCUGGCAAGAUAUAAUAUAAUUAGAUGAAGUUUUUAUGCAAUAUUCGAGGCAUCCUGAUGAUGGGAUUAAAUGCAUGUGGGUGUAACUUUCUGCCCUUUAGUGAUUACUUCUUUAGUGUUUCUGGACAAGUUUUGUACAAAUGGAUAGGGUGAAAGUAUUGUUCUUUUAUUUUAAUGUCAUCAAGACAAUUAGAACAUCUUUGGAGUAGAAAUAGGAAGGUACGGUUAAUAUGAGCUUGAAGAUUGCAUUUUUAUGAUCUAA